AUGACUCUUCAUGGCUUCCCAGGGGAGGUGGCUUGCGGUGCCUUCCCGUUAACUCUAAAGGGCCAAGCAUGGGGAUGUUUUGGGGCUCUUCGCCCCGGAUUAAGUAGCAGCUUUGAGAAGCUCGCUAAACAUUUCCUUACGCAGUUUAUUGCUAGCAGAAGACGUCGCAAACCGACUGCCUAUCUGUUAACUGUAAAACAAAAAGAGGGGGAGAAUCUGAAGAGUUACCUAACAUGCUUCAACAAGGAGAGACUCACCACUGAGGAUCAGGAUGAAAAAAUCACUUUAGCUGCACUACUAGGAGGAGUUUGGCCUCGAAGCCCUUUCAUGGCUGAGCUGGCUAGACGAACUCCAUCCACCCUAAGGGACUUUAUGGAUUGGGCGGAUGAAUUUGUUAAUGCAGAAUAA